ACACCAAUGCUUCUGUAAAAUGCAAUCAAAAUUAAAAAGCAAAGUUACACAAAACAAUAACACAAACUUAUUACAAGAUUCAACAGACAUGAAUUCCUCUGUUGAAUUGCUGCUUUUAUGCUUAUCUCAUGGAGGACCUGUGACAGUUUGCAGACUGGCACCUGCCAAAGACCACCCUUUGAGAAGCACUGCCUAGUGCCCCGGGGAGCCGUUGUCCCUGCAUCUGGAAGACAUAAGCUGCAUCCAGCCAGGGGACACGGAGAAAACAGGAGAGGAGGACAUGGAGGGCAGGCAGAGCCACACACAGCAGCCUGAGGCCCGGCUGGCUGAAGGCAUAUUCUGAAAAGCCAGGUGUGAACAGUAUUCAGACAAACAGGCAUAGCAAGCCACUGUCCAAAGUAGCACCAUCCGGAAUAUCAUCUGCUUUUGUCCAUCUGUCUUCUCAAAGUCGUCGCUUCUUUCCUGCAUUCCAGGGACGCCGAGGAAGGAGGGAGCCGCAUUCUGGUGCAUGGCUCUGCAGUGAGCGUGAGGAAUCGGAUCAACCCCUCUGACUCAGGGAAAGGCGGAGCCAAGGAAAGAAUUGUUUUCAUUAUUUUGGACAAGCCCCGGAACGGCCUCUAAGCGCCCACCUUGCACAUUGCUGGAGUGGGGUGUGCUGACUGCUGCUUAUUUUUCAAGUCGUUUUGAGAGAUUUGAAUGGCUCAGAUGUUGAACAGUGAUGUUUCUGACCAUAGGCUAAAUGUGGAAGCCAUAAUUAAAAAUAUUAAUACAAUUUCUUUGCAAUUGAAGAAAAUGAAAGAGCACUCCCAGUUACUGCUUUGUGACCUUACUCUACAUUUUAAUCACCCUGUGAAGACAGAUGACUCCAAGGAAACAGAAAGAAACAAGCCCCUCUUUGAAGAGUUUAAACUGUCAGAUGUAUCCCUUACUUCUAACCGCUUUUCUUCCUAAUUUCUUAUCUGUUGUGAAUUUAUAACUGUAUGUAUUGUUGAAUUAACAAGUAUCUUGGAGAACUGAGUUUACUAAUAU